AUGUCCGGCGUAGUAUCCAAAAAGCUCAAGUUCAAGGGCGACAAGCCUAAGAGGAAGAAGAGGUCGCAUGCGCGUCCGACGGACGAGCUUGAUGCACUUGCGGCGGAAGAUCCCUCCGGCUGGAUGUUCCCGACCGCGGUGGACGAGGUCGCGGGGCCGACGUUUAUCCUCCUCCCCACUGAGCCGUUGACUUGUCUUGCCUGGGACUCUGCGCGCCAAAAAGUGUACGCUGCGCCGCUUGAAGUUCCCGAGGCUCCAGAGGGAGCGAAUGAACUCUCGAGCAGUGAGGUGCUCAGCCUCAUUGAGCCCAACGAUAUUAACCACGUCUGGGUUGUUUCCCGUCUCGCGGGGAGCGAGGACAUCAUCUCCCUCCGGACAAGCAGCGGUACCUUCCUCACAGCCUCGCCAUCUGGCCAGCUCUCUGCAUCGACGCCAUCUCGUGGCGCGCUCGAGGGCUUCACUCCCUCCCUGUCUCCAGGCGACCUCUUCCCAUCCUUUUCCCUCAAGACCUCCUCGGGGACAUACCUGUCCGUUCCACCUUCGGCCAAGGACACGAUCCUGGCCAAGAAGGCCGAGCUGCGCGCGGAUGCGGAUGAGGUGGGGAAGUUUGAGGCAUUGCGCGUCAAGUGCCAACGCGAGCAUGUACUAAAGGCACGCGUCGCUGCUAUUGCUGGACGCGCGGGCGGGGAAGGCAAGGCGCGUCUGCUCGAACGUGGCGGACCUGCCCUGGGAUCUGUCGAGGAUGAACUCAAGCGCAACUCCGAGUACCAGGCCUGGGGCGCCGGGCGGCACCACGUCAGCAGCGGCGACAGGAAAGACUUGAAGCGUGCAAAGCGCGAGGGACGUGUCGCUGAGGCCAUGCUUGACCGACGGGCGGCAAUGAAGAGUGACCGGUACGCCAAGUGA